UCGAGUCUUCUUUACAUAAAUUACCAAUUUUUUCUUCCUGCCUUUGAGGUUUUAGUUAUUUUGAUGAGAGGUUAACACUGGAAAUACUAUGAAAUGGAUAUCUUAAAAUAUUAAGAUUUGGGAUCACUAAGGCAAAGUGUGUGGUCGACUCGAUCUAUAAAGCGGAUGCUAUGGACAAAAGGAUGGCCAUAUACCAUAAAUGAUUAAUCGGAGACAGUUGAAAACACGCAGCCUCAUUCAUUCACACAUGGAAUAAACAAAGAGAUUUUGUCUUCCUUUGGAAGGGGAAAGUGGCCACAAAGCGAUUUAAGUCGAUGCACGCGUGAAUUGACAAGUCUAAAGAACUGGGUUGCCAAAGACAAACAUGAAAACAUGAAAUGUGAAUUCAUCGGUGACGAACCUGAUGAUGGCGUUUCAUAUAAAGACCCUCUUCGGUUGUGUUUCCGUAAUUUCAUUGAUAUGCAUCGUUUUUUAUGGAGUGAACAAUCUGCCGUCAACAGCUCGUUGUCCUACCGUAGAACACAAGGUAAUAUACACAAGGAAUUUGCAGCUCAAAAGAGCUGACAUUCGAUUGGCUGAAGAACCGAAAGCAGACCAAACAGAAUAUCAGUUUGUAAACAUAUCAUCACAACCAGAGAACCAUCCGAGCUCUAAGAAUCAAAAGCUUCCAAAACAUCACAAAAAGCAAACCUGCUCCCCGAUAAAUCACGUUCUCUUUCUUAAAACUCACAAAACUGGUAGUAGCACCAUCACAAAUAUUCUUAAUCGAUAUGGAGACAAGAAUAACUUGACUUUUGUGCUACCAAGGCAGAAGCAGCUUUUCACCUUCUUGUGGCCAGCAAGAUUUCGCGUCUCAUACAGUGCACCUCUGUACAAUUUUGGGGCAAAUAUUCUCUGCAAUCACGCGAGGUUCAACAAAAGGCCAAUGAAUUAUUUAUUUCCAAAGGAGAGCAGUCGCUACAUAACAAUACUCAGGGACCCGGUCACCCAAUACGAAUCUGUGUUCAACUUCAUGCAUUUUGCGAAGCCGUUGGGUUUUAAAGACGAAGAAGAUCCUCUGGGUACGUUUUUAAAGUUUCCACCACCGUUUCAAGAGAUAAAACCUUUGAUGAAAACAACCUUGGCCCUCAAUUUAGUACGCAACCCGAUGCUUUUCGAUCUUGGUUUGGACUUUCGAUACUUCCAAAAUGUGACGGCGGUUGAACGAUACAUAAAUUUCUUGGACAAAGAAUUUGAUCUGGUUAUGAUUCUAGAGCAUUUCGAUGAGUCCCUGUUGCUUCUAAAACGUCUCUUAUGCUGGGAGUUGAAGGAUAUUUUGUACUUCAAGUUGAACGAGCGGCAAGAUAAGCAGAAGCAGAAGGUUAUAAACAAGGAAGUUAGCGAGGAUAUAAAAAGCUGGAACAAGGCAGAUUUUAUGCUGUAUAAGCAUUUUAAUAGAACGUUCUGGAAAAACGUCAAGGCUCAGGGACCAAGUUUUCAAAAAGAACUCAAGAUUUUUAGACAUAGAAACGAAGCUUUGACAAGAGCUUGUUUGCAAAAGGGAAACUUCUUGGACGAGGCGUACACUGGAGUUUACGUGAAGGGCUAUUCUCUCAAGAAAAACGUUCCUAAGAGGAAGAGAAAACUUUGCGAAAACAUGAUGAAAAAUGAAAUUUCAUACGUAAAAUACUUCAGAGAGAAGAUAAACAACCGAGUGAAGAAAAUCGAGGAACCAGAGGAGUAUCUGGAUGAUCCUAAGAACGACUGGGAAAUGGCCAGUGAUCUGGAGCAUGAUCCAAUCCUAUCAGGGGUUGGAUCAGCUGAUGCAGCUCCCGUUGUGCCAAAGCCUGACUCCUUAGAGGGAAAGGGCAAAAAGCCAUAGGGAAGAGCAAGUGGGAAGAGGUCGCAAGGGAAGAGCAAGUGCAGUCUUUUUAAUUACUAGUCAAGAUUGUUGUAAAUAUUUUGCUACAUUUCUUAAGUUGAGCUGGAGAGGCAAGUCGACUGCUUCGUUCAAAGCACGAUUGAGCUAAGUGAGGGUUAGCCAACGAUUUCUGAUUUAGUUUUGCAGGUUUGCAGACAGUUUUAAUUGUUCAUAUUUUUUCCUUCAAUUUCCUCUUGCGCUAAGGUAAUCCCCUCAAUAUACGCUCCAUUUCAAGAGAAUUCAAGGACAACUUUUAAUCCUGGACCAAACGAAACCAAACUUAAAGGGCCGGUUAUUUAAAGAAACUUUAGCCGUUGUUUAUUGUUGAUCGAUGGUAGCCCAUUCGAUGAAUGGCUUAACAAAAGUCUCGUAGAUCGAUGAGAGUAAGGGAAAAUCGAACAAGUCCUUAAACUAGUCUGCUGCUCCUUUGUCUUCUCAAGGAGUAGGUCUUUCAAAGGAGACACUUACUUUCCUUAUGUCCAAACCUGAGCUUGAGAGUAAUGUACUUUCUAACAUGGAAGUGUUAGACUUUGUUUCACGCAUGUCUCGCGAGAGGUACCCACUGACCAUAAAGCUGUUGGUUUUCUUCAGUCCGUACGUAGUCGAUAAGUCGCGAUCCACAUGACAAAAAUGGCAACAUUUUGAGACAAACCAUAAAAUUUUAUCAUCAGUAAUUGUUGGUUUUCACCGCGAUGAAUAACCACAAUCUUUUUACAAUAUUAAUGCAGAGGUACGCGCUGUCUUUAAAGUUUAACCAAAAAACAAAUAUUCUUUUGUACACUUCUUUUAUCAACCCUCGCCUCAGUGCUAACAGUCAUGAUAAUGAGAAUUUUCACCUUUUGUAAAACAUAAAAGUUACAGUUUCGACCAUUCUCCUGUAAACUCUUGAUAAGAUGCACCUCUAUUUAUUUGCUCUCCAUGAACUUGUUUCGUUCUAGUAUCUUUCCUUGAAUUCCGUUGGCUCUUAAAAGUCGCAUUGAUUCCAAAUUUUGAUGACACAUUUAGGUUGACAUAUUUCUCUAAUAAUGGUCAGCACAUGCUAUUAAUAGGUAAAGAAAGCAGUGCGCCUCUUAUCUGUUUAAACCAUGAUCCUUGCAAGUAAGCUGCAACUUUAUAAACCUCGGAAAAGAACCGAAAAAUAUCUAUUUUUUUUCUCAUCUUGAAGAUUGCAUAACAUGUUCUCCAUUGAUGGUGAAACUCUUCAAAAGUCUUUAAAUCACUUUGAAACUCUGUCUUAGGGUUCCAUUCAGUCUACACGUACAAUUGAAUAAGAUAUUUCUUUUCUCAAUAGUCCUUUUUACAGUUGUGGGCUUGGUAGCCAAGCCUUUGAACAGGAGUGAGGCUAAGGGUGACCUUGU